CAUGCAUUUUCGCUCUUGCACCAGUACGAUUCGUGUAAUUUACUCUGAAGUGAAUAUUGAUGACAAUGUUUUUAAGUGAUAAAAACCAUUGGAAGGGAGGAAAUAAGCAAUUUCCUGAUUUCUCACGAAAAUGGAGAUCCUCGAAGGCCAGAAUGUGGUGAAGUCCUGCGUUGACGGCGGUGCAGGUGACCGGAGCGUGGUGUACAAGCUGCAAGCUGCCGCCACCUUCGACCUAGAAAAGGCAGUAUGCAGCCACGGGUUUUUCAUGACUGCCCCAAACCACUGGGACCCUGUCUCAAAAACCCUCCAACGUCCUUUACGCCUCCUCCGUUCUCUCGAUCACGAAAACAUUUGUUCUUCUUCUUCCUUCACAGUUCAAAUUUCUCAACCGCCUCAGUCAUCUCAUCUAAUUGUCCGUGUAUUUGAAACCGACUCUCUCUCUCCUGCACAUCAGCAGUCAUUAAUGGAGCAAGUGAGAAGAAUGCUACGUAUGUCGGAGGAGGAGGAAAAAAAGGUUGAAGAGUUUCAAGAAAUAUAUCAUGAAGCUAAAACAUCAGGUUUUGGGAGAAUAUUUAGGUCUCCCACUUUGUUUGAAGACAUGGUUAAGUGCAUUCUUGUCUGCAAUUGCCAGUGGUCUAGGACAUUGAGCAUGGCUAGAGCCCUCUGUGAGCUUCAGUAUGAGCUGCAGCAGCCCACAUCCACCACUGAAUUUGCCCCAAAAACUCCUUUAGGGAAACGUAAGAUGAAAUCGAAAGGACCAUCAAGAAAUGUUGCAAAAAGAUGUGCAACCAUGGAAGCUGAUGAUGAAAGGGUAAAUUAUGUUGAGGUAGAAAAGGAGAAAAUAGUAGAGCAGGAAUUUGAUCAUAAACGUGAUUCUGACAAGACAUGUAUUGGAAAUUUUCCGAGCCCACAAGAAAUAGCAAGUCUUGAUGUAAAUUUACUGGGGAGGCGGUGCAAUCUUGGUUAUAGAGCAAGUCGCAUAUUGGGCCUUGCUAAAAGUGUUGUUGAAGGUAGAAUUCAACUUAGACAACUCGAACAGGAUUCUUUAUCAUCCAAUUACAUCAAACUAAACGAGCAACUGGGAAAAAUUAACGGUUUUGGUCCUUUUACGCGUGCCAAUGUACUCAUGUGCUUGGGAUUCUACCAUGUCAUUCCAUCGGAUUCUGAAACAAUAAGGCAUUUAAAUCAGGUCCACGGAAAGAAGUCGACAAUUAAAAACAUACAACAAGAUAUUGAAAUUAUUUAUGGAAAGUAUGCUCCAUUUCAGUUCUUGGUGUACUGGUCGGAAAUAUGGUCCUUUUAUGAAGAAAGGUUUGGGAAGCUGAGUGAAGUGCCUAGCUCUCGUUAUAAACUUAUAACAGCCUCAAAUAUGAGAUGAAAGGAAGUUAAGUGUUAUGAUAAGAUAACUCACUCGUGUCCUUUCCCUUUUCAAGUUUUUUGUUGUAUGUCCUUUGCUUUUUUUUUGAGAAGGUGGAUAAAGUUGAACUUGAACCCAUCUCUAACUAUUAACUACCAUGAACACCAAUCUAUGGUAAGGCAGGUGUGUAUUCUUGUCCGAUUACCUGGAUAUGCAUUUGUUACACGCCAUUAUGGGUCUGGACAAACUUUGUCUGAGAAAGUGAGAGCGAGUCUUCGUUCCAUGUUUUUUGGGUAGGACAAAAAAUUUGCAAUUUUCUGGCAUUGACAUGAGUCCCCAAUGCUUGUUUUUUCCUUCCUGUCUUUGGUAAAACUAAAAUAAAACCAUGCAUAACUUGAUGGUAUUAUGUACUCCUAAACAAUAAAACCAUCACCUCAUUAAAGUGUGCAUUAUUUUCUCAUUGCUUCAGUGCAAUCACUUUCCUAAUUACUUCACAAACCGGUUUGAGUUUUAUCUGGAAAAAGUUUGGUCUAAUUGCCAAGUAUUGUCUAGCUAAUAGCCGUGUCCAUUUGCACACCUGUUUACUGUGUAGUUGAUCUUAGGCGUUAUUUGUUACAGAUAAUGAAAUGAAAAUUCACUAAAAUGGUCUUUUAUC